AUGGAUAUCCUACAUUAUGAGAGGACUAGGUCUCUCUUUGUGAGGCUCGUUGGGUUGUGGUUACCAGUUCUCUUCGUCUUCUCAUGCCCGUCAAGCGGCUGGUCAGUUCAGGCGUGCUUUGCCGCUGGCUCCUCUGAUCGGAUCAUCCAUUCCAGCCUUUUCCCGAUAAUGCCGGCGCGUCGGCUGCUGGAAAUAGAGCCCCCAGGCCCGUUUCGCUACAUCCUGGGCGCGGUGCUGAUGCUCGUGGGGGUCGUGCUGCCGCUCACCUAUUUCAUGUUCCGAUCCAAGCGAACCCCGCCUCCUUCGUUCAAGCAGACGUUCUAG